UAAACAUGGAUGUGUAAGAGAAGCAUAGAAUCUAAAAUAUGGAGAAGAAGAAUAGGAUUCUUGUAUUUGGAGGAACUGGUUACAUAGGCAAGAACAUUGUGAAGGCAAGUGUCUCUUUGGGUCAUCCAACUUUAGUGUACACUCGUCCUCUUAAUUCACAAACUUGUCCAUCUAAGACACAACUUUGCAAUGACUUCAACUCCAUGGGAGUCACACUUGUCCAGGGAGAACUUGAGCAUGACCAGAUUUUAAAAGUCAUUAAACAAGUAGACAUUGUUAUAUGUGUGUUAGCAUACCCUCAAGUGAUGGAGCAACUCAAAAUUAUAGAUGCUAUCAAAGUUGCUGGUAACAUAAAGAGAUUUCUUCCAUCAGAUUUUGGGGUAGAAGAAGAUAGAAUAAACCCUCUUCCUCCAUUCCAAGCUUUUCUGGAUAAAAAAAGAAACAUUAGAAGAGAAAUUGAAGCAGCUGGGAUCCCUUAUACCUUUGUCUCUGCAAAUUGUUUUGGUGCAUACUUUGUCAAUUAUUUGCUUCGUCCGUACGAGAAAAGGGAUAAGAUUGCAGUCUAUGGCAACGGUGAAAGUAAAGCUGUGCUGAAUUAUGAAGAAGAUAUUGCCAUGUACACUAUUAAAGUAGCAAAUGAUCCAAGAACAUGCAAUCGUAUUGUUAUCUACCGACCCUCGAAGAAUAUCAUAUCACAGAAUGAGUUGAUAUCAUUGUGGGAGCAAAAAUGUGGUCAGAAUUUUCGCAAGGAUUUUGUUACUGAGGAAGAGAUUGUCAAACAAUCCGAGACCUUACCCCAUCCAGAGAAUAUUCCAGUAUCCAUUCUGCAUAGUGUAUUUGUUAGAGGAGACCUGAUGGCCUUCGAAAUAGGGGAAGAAGACCUUGAAGCUUCAGAGCUAUAUCCUGAUUAUAACUACACAUCCAUUCACCAACUUCUUGAUAUAUUUUUAGUUAAUCCACCAGCUCCUGCAUCUGCUGCUUUUCAGUGAACAUAUUUUACCACUACUUCUUCUAAUAAAUAAACUACCUCAUCAUAUCAUAAUACCUUUGGAUAAUUUGAAAAGGCAUCUACAUUAGUUAAUAUUUGCAUUAUAAAUAUAUUGUAAUUUUAAAGUUUUUUAAAAACAAGAAGUCCCUCGUUCCCUAA